UUCUCUUCUAUCGUUGGCCGCGAUCGGUGGCAACUAGUAGUUUUGGUGCACGUCCAGAAAAGUUUUCGAACCCAAUCACCCAAUCAACCCACAGAAAACAUAUCCCGUGUUCGGAUAGAAGUUAUCGCUUGAUUGUUCACAAUUUCUCGCUGCGUUUAUGCUCAUACCGGCGAAGGAGAGAGAACCUACGCAGAGGAGGCUCAGUUUGAUGCAUAAUUUACAGUUGGUUUAUGCUGUACGCAGCACGGUUACGGUGCAAAGUUGUAUGUUACAUUGAUUGAAACGGGAAUUAGUGUUUCAACUCUGAAGGGAAGUGUGUUUCAUUCGAUUAAAAAGUUAAAAUGAAGCUUCAAUUGGUGACGUUUAUGCUGGCAUCUCUCUUUGGACGUUGUCAUGUCGCUCCAGCCUUUGGAGAUGCCUUCCAGUUGGGAACCGAACAAAGCUACAGCUAUUGGAAUGAGGUGCGGGCGGGUAACACGCGGAACGUAUCGCUAACGGUCGGAUAUAUUGUUCGAGCUACAAUUCGCGCCGCCACCGUUUGGGGCAACGAUGAACACAAACUUUUACGGUUCCAGGUCGAAAGCCCUACUCUGUCGACGACUCCAGGAGAUGUCAGCCGUAAAAGCACCCUUUCGGAGAUCGGUUCAGCCCCUUUCUUUGCCUACUGGAAUCUUGGCCAAAUUAAGAAGAUUUAUGUUGACGAAAACAAUGAUGUAACGUUGACCAACUUCAAGAGAGGAGUAGCUUCACUAUUUCAGUACCAGCUAUUGGACGGCAAGUACGUUGAGGUCGAUCCCUCGGCAACCUGCGACGUUCAGUAUACAUCCUAUGACGAAACUCGCUAUCGUAAGGCUCGAAGUAAUUGUGUUUUCGCUGGUGAGCGUUUCGAGCGGUCUGAAUAUCCGUUGCGAAGUUCGACAGUAUACUCGCGGAAUGUAGACUUCACCGUGAGUACGGAAGGAUCGUUGGACAAUGUGAAGGCGGAGGAUUAUUUCGAGUACUCUGUUAAUGCUUAUGACAAAUUUGGAUCCUUUCUGGAAUCUAUUGUUAAACUCGACUCAAAAGGAAGUACUGUCAAAGUAAAAACAAUCCAGAAAAAUACGAUUGAGGAAGCAGUCAAGAGUUUGGGAUUGAAAGAGAAAACGCUACUCUCCGAAGAUUACAUUCCGAAAUGUACCAAUAAAAACUGCGAUACGUUCGCUAAACUGAUCAAUGCUCACAAAAAGAGUCUAGCCAAUGAGCGUAUUGGCAAACAGGGUACUUCCAAGUUAUUCCUGCAGCUAGUCAAGCUAGGUCGUACAACUUCAACCGAAACGUUCCAACGUGUACUAAAGGAUGAAGCCAUGCAAGAGCAGCGUGGUCAAGUGUUGGAUCUAUUGGGUGCUAUCCAAACGGUCGCCUCUCACAAAGCCGCCAAGAGUUUCCUGAGCUUCGAAUCAGACGAAGAAAUGUUCCUAGCGGAACGAUACCUCCAAGCGCUGGCAGUUGGAAGUCGUCCGCAAAAAGCAGUUAUCGAAGAUCUACUAGCAAUGGCCGAAAAAAGACCAAAUGAGGAAAAGUUCUAUGACACACUAGUCCAAACGGUGGCUUCUCUGGCGAAUCGUUACGCCAAGCUACCAGGAAAUUCAUUUGAAACUAAUGUAGUGCAACAGGUGCAGGAUUACUUGGUGAAACAGCUUAACCGAUGUGGGAAAGAUAGAUGCAAGCAGAAGUUCAUUCGAGGAUUGCAUAACCUUAAAUCACCACAAACGUUGAAUGUUCUGGUUAAACUUGCACUGGAAGGCAGCUCGAAGACCAGUGUCGCUGCGAUGAAAGCGUUGAGAUCUUUCUCCGUAUUUCUUUGGAACGACGAAUUCAGAGCCACGUUUGAGGAUAUCCUUUUCCAAGUUUCUAAGAAGUUUGACACUAGUGCUAGAGCCCUGGCACUCGACAUUCUUCUGGAUCUGAAGCCUGAUUAUGAUGAGUUGACUCAUCUGGCUCAACUGUUGAAAUCAAACGAUAAAGCAUACGAACUAAAGCAAUAUUUACUGCAGAAACUGAACAUGCUGGCUGAUCGCUGUCCACACUUUGCAACAAUGUUGAGAAAAGUCAUUCAGAACGAUCCCAGAUUAAAUAAUUACCAUGUAAUUGGUGCUAGAGGACUGUCCACCGCUCUCAUGAGAACUUACUCGAGUGUUCCAUCUUUCAAUGCUACUUUGGAAUCACUGCAGGAAAUGAGUGGCGGCGUGUUGAAGCGUGGUGUCGUAGAUCUUGCACUAGAGGUCGGAGAAGAGAAAUUCAGCAUGUUCACUCUGGGUCUGUUUGCCGGUGGCCUAUCAUCCUUUGUCAGUAGCAAUGAUGAAGAGGAGAACGUGGACGAUUCGGAUUCAAUAGCAGGAAUGGAGCUGUCAGUUCAGGGGUCAGUGUUUAGACCGCUGGUCUUUUUCGAUGGAAAAGGUGAACUGAUGGGUCACGUAUGGAGUGGAACUGCUUCCGAGCCAACCCCAGCUUAUCAGGCAACUACGUUGCUACAGGAUAAUGAACAGAGAUUCGCACUCCAAAAUGGGGCUGUUUUCCACCUAAGUACGCUAGGUGCUAUUUCCAUUGAUUUAAAUGGUCAGGUAACCAUGAGCAUUUGGGGAAGAAACGCACAUUCCAAAGUGGAACAAAACACUGGAAUCGUUGUGAGCGGCAGUGUUAAGCUCGAUACAACAUUCGUAUCUCUCGACGUUUGUUUUGUUGCUAGUCAAGAACCGCAACUUCAUCUCACGUCGGAUUUAGACUUUUCCUCGGACCCUACCCUCUGCAUGCAGGUGAUGCAACCGAACAGCGUUCUGAGUCAAACUUUCGAACGUUCGGUUAGUGCUCCCAUGGCAAAGUAUCGCAAAAUUAGGCAAACGAAAAUAACACACAAAAUUGCUGGCGUAACUCAUGUGCUGAACCAGAAGAACAACAAUAUGUGCAAUCUAAUAGCCCAGAGCUAACCGAAGCCGUUCGUGUCCUGGUCAAACGAAACUAGAGCUGCUACCAUUUUGCUUCCAAAAAUUACUGUCUAAGAGUUUGUUCGGCUGCUUUCGACUUGAUUCAUUGUUUGAUCGUGUUCUUUCGCUGAAAACGAAGACAGUAGAACAUGGAGAAGUCGAGAUUUCCUAGAACGAUUUGUUCGAGAACGCUAGAAUCUAUUGUAGAAGCGUACUGUACAGUUGAAUUGUAAAGUAAUGAUAAUUGUACAUGAUCCAAUAAAUAUACGUUGACCCUACUGUAGUGACGUA